UCAAUGAUGUCACUGACAAAGCCACGCCUCUCCAGAGCGCAACAACCGGAAAAUACUGAGGAAUGCGGCGACGUUAAGAUUGAUUCAUUUGAAGUCAGCAAAUCAUGGCUGGCUUCAGACAGGAGGAUGUGGAGCUGUACUAUGAAAUGGGAGAGGAGUUAGGAAAUGGGCAGUUUGCCAUUGUGCGUAAAUGUAAAGAAAAGAGCACUGGAACAGAAUAUGCCGCCAAGUUUAUCAAGAAGAGACGCCUGUCAUCCAGCCGACGAGGCGUGAGCAGAGAAGAGAUUGAGCGGGAAGUGAACAUCCUUCGAGAGAUCCAACACAGCAACAUCGUCACCCUCCAUGACAUCUUUGAGAACAAGACCGACGUAGUCCUGAUUCUGGAGCUGGUGUCUGGAGGGGAGCUGUUUGACUUCCUGGCUGAGAAGGAGUCACUGACUGAGGAGGAGGCCACGCAGUUCCUCAAGCAGAUCCUGGAUGGAGUUCACUACCUCCACUCGAAACGCAUAGCACACUUUGACUUGAAGCCUGAGAACAUAAUGCUGCUGGAUAAAAAUGUGCUGAACCCCAGAAUCAAGCUGAUAGAUUUUGGAAUUGCUCAUCAGAUUAAGGAUGGAAAUGAAUUUAAAAACAUCUUUGGAACUCCUGAGUUUGUUGCACCGGAAAUUGUGAAUUAUGAGCCUCUUGGUCUGGAGGCAGAUAUGUGGAGCAUUGGAGUUAUCACAUAUAUACUCUUGAGUGGCGCUUCUCCGUUUCUUGGUGAGACCAAACAAGAAACACUUACCAACAUUUCAGCUGUCAACUAUGACUUCGAUGAAGAGUACUUCAGUAACACAAGUGAGCUCGCCAAGGACUUUAUUCGCCGACUGCUGGUCAAGGAUCCUAAGAAGAGGAUGACAAUCGAAGACAGUCUCCAGCAUCCCUGGAUCAAGGUGAUUAAGAGGCGUAAUGUUCGGCCUGAGGAGUGCGAGCGUAAGACAGAGCGCAGACGACUGAAGACCACCCGUCUAAAGGAGUACACCAUCAAAUCCCACUCCAGCAUGCCUCCCAACAACACCUAUGUCAACUUUGAGCGCUUCUCCCAGGUCAUGGAGGAGAUCUCAGCAGCUGAGGAAGGCCUACGUGAGCUGGAGAAGAACCAGCGCUCCUGGGCUGAGGACAUGGCUGCUCUGCUCUCCAUCUAUGAGGAGAAAGAAAGCUGGUACAAGGAGGAGAAUGAAAGCAUCGCAGCAGAUCUGAAUCAGAUCAAACAGGAGCUACAGACAGCACAAGCCCUGCGCAGACAGAGCCAAGAAGAGGCCCGUGCUGCCAUGCUGUCAGCCAAUGCCCUCAAACGCAAGUUUGGCCGGUUGGAGAACCGCUACGAAGUGCUCGCUGAACAGAUGAGCUCAGAGGUUCGCUGGGUGGAAGAGCUGGUGCGCUCAAUUUCACCUGAAAAAGACACUCGCAGCACCAGCGUGGCUUAAGCUGCUCUGCUUUCUGAACACAAUGACUAUCUGAUAUAUUCGCUUGGUAUAUGCAGAGCAGAUAUAGAGUAUUAAAUUUGCAAUAAGCUUCAUGUAAGCCUGUAGAGUUCAUGUUACUCCUAGAACAAAGGUGUGCAUGAUAUGUGUUUCGCUUGUGCAUUGCAGUAUCCUUAUGUGAUGCCGGUCUGUUACAGCUGAAGCAAGCAUUAAGUAUUUUUAAUUGUCACCUCAAAAAAUAUACAUGCUGGAUCAGUAGAUAAAAAUGAGUUUAUUUACAAUUCUAUAACAGCACUCAGAGCAAAGCAUAUUAUUAAUGUACAUUGUGAGUAAUGCACUACACAGUCCUCUAUGAGGAAUUUAAUAAAUCCCAAGAUGCCAGUUGCA